AUGGCAGUGAACGUGCCGGGGCUGUUGGCGUUGGUGGCGUUCUACGUGAUAGUCCUGGGAACGGGCAUUUGUGCAUCCAUGCGCUCCAGGCAAGAGGAGAAAAAGUGGAGAGGAGAUGGAAUAGAGAUCACUUUACUAGCUGGACGUAAGAUCAACUUGCUCGUGGGCGUCUUCACCCUGACAGCCACAUGGGUAGGAGGAGGCUUUAUCCUCGGGAUCGCUGAAGCAGCGUACAACCCGACAAUGGGAGCAGUGUGGGCUCUCAUGCCUGUGCCGUAUGUCCUUACAUUUUUCCUGGGUGGCGUUUUCUUUGCAAAGCCCAUGAGGGAGAACAAGUAUCUGACAAUGAUGGACCCUUUCCAAAAGAAGUAUGGCAACGUCCUGGCAACUGCUCUGAUCAUUCCGGCACUGGUCGCUGAUGUGCUGUGGGUGGCACGCACGCUCGUCAGCCUGGGUGGAACUAUAAGUGUGACUGUGGACCUUUCUUAUGUCUACUCCAUCAUCAUCUCCUCAGUGGUGUCCAUUAUCUACACGCUCCUGGGGGGGUUCUACUCUGUGGCUUACACGGAUGUCAUUCAGCUCACCCUCAUCUUUGUCAGUCUGUGGGUGUGUGUCCCUUUCAUGCUGACCAACCCCCACUCUGUUGACAUCUCCUUGACGGCCUACACCAAAAAAUUCCAGGACCCGUGGAUCGGCAAGGUGGAGCUUAAUGAAGCUGGAAAGUGGUUUGACGACUUCAUGUUGCUGGCUUUGGGUGGUUUGGCCUACCAAGCGUUCUACCAAAGGAUCCUGGCCGCCUCUUCUCACACCCAGGCUCAAGUGACCUGCGCUGUGUCCGCUGCCUUCUGCCUGGUGUUGGGUAUCCCUUCUGUAUUGAUCGGAGCCAUCGCUGCGUCUACUGACUGGAACUCAACGACCUAUGGACUGCCAACUCCAUAUCAGCGUGGCAAUGCGGGUUCCAUCCUCCCCAUUGCCUUGCAGCACCUCACACCCACCUUUGUGUCCAUCAUUGGCACUGGAGCUGUAGCUGGUGCUGUCAUGUCCUCCCUGGACUCGGCCCUGCUGUCGUCUGCCUCAUUGUUCUCCUCCAACAUCUACAAGAACAUCAUCAGAAAGCAGGCAUCAGACUUUGAGGUGCAGUUGGUGAUUCGUAUCUCAGUGGUCGUUGUGGGUCUGGUCGGUACUGGCCUCUGUUUCCUCGACAGCAGUGUCCUGGUCUUCUGGCUCGUGGGUGUGGACAUGUCCUUCACCAUCAUGUUCCCUCAGCUAGUUUGCGUCCUCUUCUUCAAGGUGUCCAAUGGCUAUGGGGCCACUAUGGGCUUCAUAGUGGGGAUGCUCAUGAGAGCCUUGAGCGGAGAGCCCCUCAUUGGACUGAAGCCUGUCAUCCACUAUCCUGGCCUGCGGAGGAACCGUGAGAACACGCUCACCCAGUACUUCCCCUUCCGCACCACCAUCAUGCUCACGUCGCUGCUGUCCAUUCUGCUGUUCUCCUGGUUGGCGGCUAUCAUUUUCGACAAAGGCGUGUUGUCUGAGAAGUGGGACGUAUACAAGAUCAACUCCAAGCAGACAACCCCUGAAGAGGAGAGGGCAAGCCGGGAACAAAAUGCCCUCCUGUCCAUGCGGCUAAUGGAAACCAGAUGCUGAGUGGCCUCCCGUGGAACAAAAAGAUGGCUCGUGAAAAGGAGACAACAGGAGAUCAUCAGCAGAGCCUUGACACGAGAAUAGAAUUUGUACAGAAUCAGUGGAUUUGUGUCACAUACUGUAGAUCGGCAUCAACAUGUCCUCAACAUGUCCU